AUGCUGGACUCCACCGCUGACUUCCUGGACAGGGCUGCCAAAUUGGGAGCCAAUCAGCAAGAGCUUCAGAACUUGCAGGCUUUGGGGUAUGAUACCUUCGGUAAGCUGGCUUUCGCUACAAGCUAUACACCGGGCCAACAGGACGACACCUUGCUCAAGCAUCUUGCGGCCGAGGUCACAGGUCAGGAUCCACCUCCAGCGGCCAGGUUGCCGAUUGUCAGGCGGCUUUUCUUUGAAAGCUACACUCUGGCAGCAGCAGACAUGCAGAUGAGGCUGGAACGAAAGGACGAUGCCGUGCCUCGGCUUUUAGCCAAUGCUGAAAGGAGCUCUCGAUACGAGGACCAGAAGAAGCGCCUCAGUGGUAUCGACAUGACCGGUCUGAUCCGAGAAACGAAGGUGUCCGAAGCUUUGAAAGCAAACACCGACACAGAUUUGAAGUUGCGGCUGGCGCUGCCAAGGCGCUCGUUGGCCUUUGACCAGGCCCGUUUGGUGGACUACAACGCCUUCGAGAAGUGGACCCAGACUAUGAUGGAGGCCUAUGGCACUGUACCUCCAGAAGGUUACCUUCGCGUCUCUGUGGAGCAGUUGCAUCGUGCUGAUUUGCAACUGUUCAAAGCUAUGAUGCGCGAGACUCGGAGCGGCAUCAAACCUCUUGUGGGCAUUCGACCAGUGGAGCAAGCGCUUCUCAAGGCCAUGGAUUCUGCAGAAGUUCGUCUGUGCCUCCAACCUUUGCAAGGCACAAACAAGCGCAAGCUCGAGCCUGCCGAAGAUGACAAGAAGCCCAAACCUUCUCCGGAUGUCAGCAAACUCCAGAAAACCGUUGAGAAUUUGCAAGGUCAGAUCAAGAACAUGCGUGCCAACCCCAGUGCGCCUGUCAAAGGACGCAAAGGUCGUGGCAAAGGAGGCAAAACCAAUUUGAUUCGUAUGCCGCCUCAACUGAUUGGCAUGGCUCCUACCAAUCCUCAAGGAGAACCUCACUGCUACGAUUACAACAUCAAGGGGUGCAGCAGGGCGAAGCCGGGUGAGCGCUGCCCCAAAGGCUGGCAUUGCUGCAUGCGCUGGGGAUGUGGCAAGCCGCAUCCACAAUUUGAGCACCAGUGA